AUGGUCGAUAUUACAAACUUGACUUACAAGAAUACAAAUGAACAACGAACAAACACCUUCCCUUAUUGUCACAACACACCCAAACCGCCACUUUUUGUUUACAAAAUGGGCAGCCUCCCGGCAAACUUUAUAACCAUGUCAAAUUCUAUGGGUUCAAAAGAGUUCAAACCAUUAGACAUUGAAGAGUUUCGCCAAAAUGCCCACAAAACAGUAGAUUUCAUUGCUGAUUAUUACAAGAAUAUUGAGAACUACCCGGUUCUCAGCCAAGUUCAUCCGGGUUACCUAAUAAGCCAGCUUCCUGAAAGCCCUCCAGAGACGCCAGAUUCAUUUGACACGAUCUUAAAAGACGUAGAAAAUGAUAUCAUCCCUGGUAUGACUCAUUGGCUGAGUCCAAAUUUCUUUGCUUUCUUUCCAGCUACUGUAAGUUCCGCAGCAUUUGUAGGGGAAAUGUUGUGUACUUGUUUUAAUUCAGUUGGGUUCAAUUGGCUUGCUUCACCAGCUGCAACCGAGCUUGAAAUGGUGGUCAUGGAUUGGUUCGCCACAAUGCUCCAACUUCCACAAACCUUCAAGUUUUCGGGUACUGGAGGUGGGGUUAUACAAUCCACCACAAGCGAGUCAAUUUUGUGCACGCUAGUUGCAGCUAGAGAUCGUGUGCUUAAUAAAAUCGGCGUUGAACAUAUUGGCAAGUUAGUCGUGUAUGCGUCGGACCAAACUCAUUCUACGUAUACAAAAGUAGCCAAGUUAGCGGGUAUUUAUCCACAAAACAUACGGUCCAUACCCACAAGUCUAUGUGAUGAAUUUUCUCUUUCCCCUAAGGCUCUUCGAAAAGUUGUCGAGGCUGAUGUGGCAAAAGGGUUAGUCCCACUUUAUCUAUGUGUUACAAUGGGGACUACCUCCACUACAGCCGUGGACCCCAUUAGAGACCUUGCUGAUGUGGCAAAACACUAUGGUAUAUGGGUCCAUGUAGACGCCGCGUAUGGGGGUAGCGCGUGUAUAUGUCCAGAGUAUCGCCAUUUUCUUGAUGGAGUCGAGCAAGUCGACUCUCUAAGUAUGAGCCCACAUAAGUGGCUACUUAGUUACUUGGAUUGUUGUUGCCUUUGGGUAAAACACCCUAAUCUAAUAGUCAACGCACUCAGUACUAAUCCUGAGUACUUGAGAAACAAAAUCAGUGACUCGACCUCUAUUGUAAAUUAUAAAGAUUGGCAAGUUGGAACGGGUCGAAGGUUCAAUUCUUUACGUUUGUGGUUCAUCCUACGUAGCUAUGGCGUAGAAAACCUUCAAAACCACAUCCGAACAGAUAUCCAAAUGGCGGUCACGUUUGAGAAACUCAUACAAUCUGAUUCAAGGUUUGAGAUUAUUGUGCCAAGAAGAUUUGCAUUGGUAUGUUUUCGAUUGAAACAAUUCAAUGGAUUUGACUGUAACUAUACUGAAAUACUAAACAAAAAGCUGCUCGAGCGAGUCAACUCGACAGGCAGAGUUUACAUGACUCACACAGUUGUUGGAGGAACUUUUAUGCUGAGGUUUGCCGUUGGAGCUACAUUGACUAAAGAAUGCCACGUGAUUGCUGCUUGGGAAAUCAUAAGAGAGAUGGCAGAUGCUUUGGUCAAAGACUGUUAUAUUCCAAAAGUUAAUUACUAAUAACACAGAAUAAGUGUUAAAUUGUUUGAUCCUAAUGAUCAUAUAUGUCAAAAUAUAUAUAUAUAUAUAUAUACAAUACCGAAUAAAUUAACUA